GGACCGCGUAUUAUCUCUUAUGCGUUACAUAUAUUUGGCAAGAUGAGUGUUCAGUCAUUUCACUUAUCGGAAUUAGAGGAAAAAGCGCGUGCUAAUGCACUCAAAAGAGUGUCGGAUAACUUUCAAAAACCAGAACAACUGGAUAAAAUAGACCUUAUCAAAUCUCGGUUUUUAAAUCAAAAGACUGCCACAGAAGCCCAGUUAAAAAUGGCACUAUACAGUCAAUUGGAUGGUAGUAAAGUUGGAUUAGAAAAGUUGGAUGCUGCUCUUGAGGAAUCGCAUACCUGCAGAAAUCGGCUUAUCCAGUUGGGAUCAUCUUUGGGUACUUUGGCUGGUUUGUCUCGUCAGUUGCAUGAACUAAAAAAUCUUUCAACUAAAUACAGUCAGCUUGGUGCAGCUAUGGAGAAUAUGAGCUAUCUUGUCAAAGCACCUGAAAAUUUUGAACAGGCUCGAAAUUAUAUCGAAUCAGAAAACCUUUUAGAUGGUCACAAAAUAAUGCAAGAAUUGGAAGGCAUUCGAGAUGAAUUAAUGUACGAAGUAUUUCGACAAAAGUCCAUGGAAGAUUUAGAUACAUUACGUGCAUUUUUCCGGGAACUUGAAGAUCUGAAUGAAAUGUUUCGACAUAAAAUAAUUAUGCUUGGAUCACGUUUAACUAGUGCAGUAAUAACGCAUAAUCGUUUUGUUGUGAAUUGUGUUCGUGUUAUCGACCGCGAGGAAAGGGCUGAUGCAACUUGGCGGAAAAAGUCAGAGAAACAUGGUUUUAUGCCGGAUGGACGACCGAAACAAUGGAAAAAACUAUUGUUUGAUAGUGUUUUUAACAACAUAAAAAAUAAAGUAUUCGGCAGUGCAUUGGACAGUGAAAACGAUAAAAAUAAACUAGUUCGACACAAUGAAGCCAUUAGACAGCAUACGCUAGCCGACCUGAAAAUAGCAAAGAAUAUCUGUCCAACAUAUUUCCCAGCUGACUAUGCUAUAUUUGAUCGGUUCGUGGAGAUGUAUCAUGAAGCCAUUGGAAUGCAUGUUGAAAGUUUAGUGCUUGAAGGUUUAUCUGAUACAGAGAUUGUCCAGUUACUCGGUUGGAUCAAUUCAUAUCAUACUGAAGAAUUUAUGAAGAAUCCUUUCAUGAAUAUUGACUUCAAUCGGUUAAAUCUGAAGCGUCCAAUUAAUUUGUUACCUGAGGAAACAUUGAAUACACUUCGAAAGCAGUAUGUUUCCAAAACCAUUGAACGUUUAAAAUCAUGGUUGGCGAACUCUCUUCUGAAGGACACCUCUGAUUGGCAACGUUCCACCGGUCCUGAGUUAGACGGCUCUUCCAAUUAUUUCACUGACUUGCCUGUAUUGGUCAUGACACCUGUCAAUGAGAUGAUUGGUAAAGGGAAUUUACUACACUACUUGGGAAAUGCUGUUAAAGAACAAUUUCUUACUCAGUGUGUUGAAGAAAUGAAGUUGUUCGCGAAAGAUUAUGAUGACGAUAUUAAGAAAUACCGUGCAGCGUAUAUACAAGACAGAUCGAAAUUCCCGUGCUACAUAGAGUAUAUUCUAGCCAAUGCAAACGGCGCUCAUAUGAUCGCGCAUAGUUUUGUCACGGUAAUUAUGGAAGAAUUGGCUGAAGAUUCAUACCUCAAAGGGAAUUUAUCAGCUCGAAUUGGCUACUUAAAAUCAGAAUAUGAAAAAAUUGCUGAACAAUGGAUCACGUACGCUGAAGAAACUGUAUUCAUGGAUUUAAACCGGGUUCUUGGUGUUGUUAUGACUUCCAAAUGGUUACGGCCUGAUGACAUGACUACACAAUAUCUUGUUGGUACACUAGCAGAUUACGAUGAAACAGUGAAGCAUUUGAGACAAAAUCUAUAUGAAAAAUUAGCUGAAAAGUUGGCUGAACGAAUGUUGAUUGAGUAUUUGAAAGCACUGAUUAUCAGACGUUGUCCAUUUUCCUCGGAGGCAGACAGAAGAAAAGCGGGUGAGAAAAUUAUACGAGAUGGGAAUGACUUAAAAAAUUAUUUCGAAGAAAAGAUGAAAGUGAAAAGUGAGGUAAUCGCAGCCUACGACGCUCUCACCACUAUUGGUCAGUUGUUCCUUACAACAGAUACAACAAUGUUGCCUUUGGAUGUUGCACUUUCAGCGGAUAGUCAUUACGGAAGAGAACUAUCGCAGAGGCCAUCGCCAUUCACAAUUUUCACACGAUUAGCCGUGGCAAUGGAUCAACAUUAAUAUUGUUUGAAUACAUAGAGCUCACGAAAUUCCCCAGCGCUUUCAAGCUCCAGUAAUUUCUUACCUAACUUCUUCAUGAUAUUAAUAUAACAAACAAUAAUAAUAUGUUCUCAGUUUUUUACAUGAGGGACAACAGUUUACAGGCAUCAUCAAUAUGAUAUAUAACAUACACAUAGUGUAAACAUGUUUACAAUUGUUUAUUUAUUUACAAUUAUUUAUAUACACACAAGACAAGGUAGUGGAAUAAUAUCUAUGAGGUUACUUCAAACAGGAGAAAGCGAUAUACACAGUAUGGUACAAAUUAUCACCAUUGAAGAAAUGUAACUAAAGUGCGCGUUAUAUUUAAUGAUUGCGUUGCUGGAGAUAGGUAUGGUAGGUUAUUCAAAAAGUGAUUUUAAAAAAUUGGUCAAACGUUAGCUGGUUUACCGAUAAUAAUAUUUUUAAGCAAUAUUAGCUGUCUGCAAUUCACCAUAGCAGUAAAGUAUCCAGUUAAACUUACAACAGCAACAGGUAAUUUUUUGUCCAUACGCGGCUGCGAACCAGAAUAAUGGCGAAUUAAUCCAUAUAAAAUGAUAAGUGGAGCAUGUAAGAGCUGGAAAUUAUCACCACACUAGUUAGUGAGAUUAUAAAUGCAACCAUCAGAAUAUAUUCAUUAUGUCUUAAAUUACCAGAUUUAUUGGUAUGGUAUUUUAUUAGCGUUAAGGUAACAUUUCACAGCUGUCACCCAGGAUACGUCAA